AGCAAAUCGUCUCAUGGAUCGCUCCAUCCCAAUCAUUUAUGCGUAACAGAUACACACGCAUCAGAUACAUAGUGUGAUCGAUAACGAAGAGUCCACCAACCAUGCGCGCUAACCGGUAGUAGUAUCUGCGGUGGUGAUAGUAUAGAAAAAAAAGACGGUGGCAAGGGAAAUUCCAAACCUCACUUUGCACACAGUCCAAAUAUUCGCAUCUUAAGUGGGGAGACCGUGGCACAGGAAUGUCAUAAGAGAAGAGAGUGUGAAUUGUGUGAUGUGAGAGGAGAAUAGGGACGAACACGAUCAUUCGCUCGAAGAGAGGCGAAAAGGUAGGGAAACGAUAAGCAGUGUUAGUUAAAUGAUUGCCUUUUAGCUUUUUUGGGUCUGGAUUUUAAGCUGCUCUGUAUUAUUCUUGUUUUAAGUACUCAUGGUACUCUUAAAUGUUGUAUGGACCGAGUCCAUCGUAAACAGUACUGCGAGGCAUUCGUUUAUUCCCUACGCAUCGGUUGAAAACCACAGAGCAUCAAAUUGGGCUAUGAGACGGUAUAAUACCCCUCCACGACUAUGUUACCCAAUUCGCGUUAGGAAACGGCCGGCGAUUUUGCCGUAUCCCGAACGAGUGGUAUGGUUUUUCACAAAUUCACCAACAUUUUAAUGUUUCGAAAAGAGCCUGUUCGCUAACUCAAAUUGCAUAACUCUUAUUUUUGGGGGGAGCGCAUCUUACCGGCUGUAAGAUGAACCAUGUCAGUUGUUUGGCAGACGUUAACUGUGAUCGGACACGGAAAGUUUGGAUGAGAGACUUCAUCUAGACGUUUGUUUCAAGUACGGGAAAAGUGUGAAAAUGUCUUGAUCUUGUGCUAUGAGUGAUUUAUAAACGUGAAUGUUUAGGAUCAAAGGAUCUUUCUCGCGCUUUCGAGUAAUAAAUAUCAGUGUAGUUUAUUUUCUGAACUCGCAUAAUUCUAAUAUACCAAAAUGUUAGCGGUGCACAUUAACGUGAGUCGUCGUUGCACAGUACGAUCCUCACCACCGUCUAGCUUGGUGCUGCGGACGUACGCCUUCUUACUGCUGCUUGGCUCGCAAGUGUACACUCCAGUCGAGGGUCAACGGUCACCGUGUCCAGAUGUGUUUUCGUACUGGGUGGAAGAGGGCACUAAUCAGCCGUUUGGCUAUGUGAAAUUGGAAGGUCUGCGCGCCAAUCAGGCGAUUACGCUACAGGUAGAUCUGACAAUCGCUGCCACCGUAUCGCAGAACAACAUUGGAUCGAUCACGUUGUAUAAAUCCAGCACCGAAACAGUCCGCGACAUCCAAAACAACAGACCAGCGUGGUAUCGUGUAAACUUCCCAUUCAGAAACAUCAAACCGAGCGUGCUGGCAAUUCGCGUCAAUGGUCACACAAUCUGUGCCGGUCAGAAAGUGACCGGCCAGAUUGUAACCACCAUCAACCUGCAGCACACACUAUACCCGUCGACGCAAAGCCUGGUAAGCACGAACGACGGGACCAACGUGAAUGUGAUACAAUACCAGCCCCCACAAACACCUGUGUAUCAGACAUUAUAUGAUAUCGCGCCGAUACAAAGACUCCAGACAACAGAAAAUCCACCCGUCGUGACACAAUUGACGACCACACAAGCACCUGUUACGCGGCCAGUGCAACAGCAGGAUGUUAAGCCGGUCAAACGGCAACGAAAAAAAAUAGAAUAUGUAAAAAGUAUUGAAGACGACUCAUUGGAACAAGAGUCAGAGAGUCUUGAUUGCGGUCUGCCGGACAAGGGAUUCAGUCAUUACUCGAUCAACGGAAUACAUGCGCACAAAGGCAUGUUCCCGUGGGCGGCACCGAUAUUCCACACCGGCAGCUCGUCGAAACCGAAGUACAUAUGCGGCAGUACGAUUCUCACCGAGCGGCACCUAGUAACGGCCGCUCACUGCGUCUACAAUUCGGAUGGCAUCAAACAAAAUGUUAGUGGCCUAACAGUCGUUCCAGGGAUGCACAACAUCGACAACUUCUUCGAAGCCGAUCUACAGGAGCGCGGUGUAAAGAAAAUCUUCGUACACAAUGAUUACUUCUUCGAGCAUGGGAUGCUGGUCGAUUCCGAUAUCGCCGUGUUGCUGCUCGAUGAUCCGAUCACGUACAACAAGCUCGUACGGCCGAUCUGUAUGUGGUCCGAUAGCGACAACCUGGAAAAGAUCGUCGGCGAUGAAGGUUUCGUGUCGGGCUGGGGCGUCACCGAGGAUGGAAAAGCAAAGAUUCCGAGCUACGUUACGGCCACCGUUGUCGAACGGCAGACUUGCAAUCGCAACCUGGAGCUGCAAUUUGCCGCCAAAGCACGGAUAUUCUGCGCGGACGGACAUGGUUCGGUGCCGUGCACAGGCGAUUCGGGCAGUGGGUUCGUAAUGAAGCGUGGCCCGAGGUACUACAUUCGUGGAAUUGUAUCGUUUGGACAGUUUGAUCCCAAGACUCUCACGUGUGCAACCAAUAAGUACGUGGUGUACACAGAUAUCGCCCCGUUCCGGUACUGGCUGACGAGAGUGAUGAAGUCUCAAUAGAUCAGAAAUGUAUCCUUCUUGCCAACUUUAUCCGCUUUGCAACAGUUCGCACACACAAAAUUGGUAUUAUCAUCACCCAAAAAGGGA